AUUAUGAAUCAUUGAUACGUCUAAACUUUAAUGAUCAACGUCUGAGCACGUGUUAGGUUUUAAGAUAUACUUGUUUAGACAAUUUAACUCAGAUAUUUGAAAACUUUGUGUUCGAGGCUAAAAUAAAAAUGGCUGCGCCCAUGAAAAUGACAUACGGAACAACUUUAAAGUUUUUUGGGAAAAAAGUAAUGAAAUAUGGAAAAGUAAACCUUUUGAAUGCUGUAGGUGCAUGCCAUAAAUGUAUCUCUUCUCAGACCAUCAGUUGUCAUUCACAGAUACGCCCCCAAAAACGUUGUUAUCCAUGUGAAUCGGGUAAAAUAACUUACUGGACGGUAAAGGGAAGUAACUCGUCAAUAUUUAAACAAAGUCAUCCAAUAUGUAGAGUAAGUUGUGUGUUAAAAGAUUUGAGAAAUUCAAAGACUGUGAUAUCUACAACAGAUUGCACAGCGAAAAGACAUCAUGUGUCAGCAUCUGCAAAUGCCACAAGGAAAGAUGAGUUGAAGGAGACAACAAGGUUGAGAAGCUCUUUGAAGGAAGUGAAAGAAAAUGUUUGGACAGUUCCAAACAUGUUAACAAUGUCUCGUAUCAUGUUAACUCCUGUGAUAGGAUAUCUUGUAGUGGAGGAGAGUUAUUCAGUUGCUCUAGGAUUGUUCACCUUUGCCGGACUCACAGAUCUGCUGGAUGGAUAUAUAGCAAGGAAUUUCAAGAAUCAGAUGUCAGCAUUUGGUACAGCACUAGAUCCUUUAGCUGAUAAAAUUCUCAUAACAGUUCUUACAGUCACCUUAACCAUGGCUCAACUUUUACCAGUUCCACUUGCAGUAUUGAUCAUAGGACGAGAUGUACUUCUUAUUGCUACAGGAUUUGUGAUCCGAUAUAUUUCUCUACCUCCACCAAGAACAAUAAAAAGAUAUUUUGACAUCACCAAUCCCACUGCCAAAUUGCUGCCAUCUACAUUAAGCAAGAUCAACACAGCACUACAGUUGUCAUUAGUAUGUUUCACACUGGCAGCUCCAGUGUUUGGGUUUAUUGAUCAUCCAGCACUUCAGUGUUUAUGGGGUUUGACAGCAGCAACAACAUUUGGCUCGGGGGUUGGAUAUGUUAUCACAAGGAAAAAAUCAGUCCAGUUUCUACAGAAAGACUCAAAAAUAACAAACAAAUGAACUUUACAUGUGUAGCCGUUAUUUUUAAUUAAUAAGAGUUUGAUGGGACAGGAACUGUCAGAUGUUUUCUUCCGUCAAGUUGUAUUGACAUUGCUAUGUGAUAGGAAUGUGUGUUUUUUCUGAGGUGAUGUAGACUGUUACAGUCAGUAUAACUAUUGAACAAAACAUUGAUAGCUGCUCAUACUCAUUGAUGACAUAAACAAGGUGAUUUUCAAGUAGAAGAUUGUCUGUUUUCUAG